AUGUCUACCGACCCCAAAACCACUGUGUAUCUCAUCACUGGCGCUAACCAUGGCAUUGGUAGCCUCGCCCUUGUAAACGCCCUCUCCACGAAGCCGAAUGUGACAAUUGUUGCUGCAGUUCGCGAUCCAUCUAUUUUCAAACAUGGUGCCCAGAACGUCUAUUCCCUCAAGUACAUUUCAGGCGACGUCGACGGAAACACUGCUCUGGCCAAGGAUAUUGAAGGGAGGUUCGGAAAGGUUGAUGUUGCAUGUGCGGGAAUCGCUACGUAUAUGGGUUCUGCCCUCGAUACACCGCCGAGUGUGUUACAAGAGCAUUUUGAAAUUAAUACUACGGGUAUUCUCCUUCUUUUCCAGGCACUCGCGCCUCUUUUGCGCAGGAGCGCCACGCCAAGGUUCAUUCCAAUUUCAUCCGCGGCUACUAGCCUAACCGCAUUCACCGAACUCCCUGCGGGAUACACCUGCUACGGCGCUAGUAAAGCGGCCCUCAAUUACAUCGCCAGGAAGAUCCACUUUGAGAAUGAUUGGCUGGUUUGUUUCCCACUGGCCCCUGGAAUUGUCAAAACAGAUAUGUCGCGCGCAAACCGUGAGAUGGAUACCACUGGAUCCUUGGCACCUAUCCAAGAUGCGAUAGCCAUGGAAUCCGAGGAUGCGGCGGUGAGCCUGAUUGAUAUUAUCGAUGGUUCAACGAGGGAGAAAGAUGGAGGGGAGUUCAUCAACGUCGAUGGAAGCAGGACUCCUUGGUAAUAACAGGAGUAGGAAGAGGAUGUACUACCGUGUAUUCACAUAACCAGACAUCCUGCACUCGCAAUUGUACACGAAC